ACCUGAGUACACCGUGUCCUCGGUAGCGUGUUGUUGUCGCUGUUUAGCCACGGCCCGGCUCGGAUCGCGCUGCCGAGCCAGGCGAGUAGUAGUCGCGUGUCUUGCGUUCUCGCUGAACCGAACAGGUGGCGAUCGCUGAGUGCUGAUGGCUGCCUUCCGACUGUUCUCCGAGUUGCACAGCAGGACGAUGCCGCCACGAUGCGGUUUCGUGCGCUUUUGUCAUGUGCUCCGCGCCGCAUCGUCGUCCACCACCACGGCGAACGGACGGCGGCUCAAGUCCAGCGCAUCGCCGGCAGCGCUCGAUCGGACAGCCGAGAGCAGCAGCGCCGAGUUGCCGCCGCAGCGAGACCCGCUCGACUUGAGCUUUAACGACGCCAGGGCGGCCUACAAGAGCAAGACGACUGGCGAGCUGAUCAGGGCGUUCGUCGUACUCAAGCUCAGCUCCAGCAACUGGAUCGUCAACAACCACCAAGAGCUCCUCCGGCUGGGUCAGCGGGUGCUAGGUCGCCGGCUGUUCCGCGCGUUGAUGCGCAACACCUUUUACGGCCAUUUUGUGGGUGGCGAGUCGGCGUCGGCCAUCCAGCCCCUGCUGCAGCGCCUGCGGUCAUUUGGUGUCAAGGCCAUCCUCGACUACAGUGCCGAAGAGGACCUCUCCGAGCAGGAGGCCAAACAGGCAGAGAUGGCGGCUUGCAGUUCACAGGCACCAGUCAAGGAAGACAGGCAGCCAUCAGGUGGCCACCUUCGUCAGUUCCAGCCAAGCGAGCAGUUUGCUGACCGGCGGCACCCUCAUGUUAUGGCACGCACAUACUUCUACCUGAACGAGGCACAAUGCGAGAAGAACAUGGACAUCUUCCUCGAGUGUAUUGACGCUGUGGCAGGUGCCACUGAAGGUACAGGCUUGGCAGCCAUUAAGCUGACAGCCCUGGGCAGGCCACAGCUGCUGAUGCAGCUGAGCGAGGUGGUGGUGCACACGCGGCAGUUCUUUCAGCAAGUGACUGGAGCGGACAAGGCUAUGGCUCUGUCCUGCGUCACUCCGUCGACCAUUGGCCAGAAGUUGAACGUGUCACCUGCAGACCAGGAGACGUUCAAACGAUGGCUCGAGCGCAUGGACUAUGACCGCAAAGGGUUGAUGAACAUCUUCUCGUGGAGUGGCCUCGUCGACACCAACUACUUCAUCUCAGACUUGUUCAAAGUGCCCAAUCUCAAGACAGGGCGCAUGGAGCCAAUCAUUUCAGCCCUGACCGAGGAAGAAGAGGAGAUGUUCCGCAACAUGAUGCGUCGCGUGCACACCAUUGCCAAGGCGGCCCGUGCACGUGACGUGCGUGUGAUGAUCGAUGCAGAGCAGAGUUAUUUCCAGCCAGCCAUCAGCCGCAUCACCAUGGAGCUGAUGCGCAAGUACAACAAGGAGAAGGCCAUCGUGUUCAACACGUACCAGUGCUACCUGCGUGCCACGUACGACCACGUGGUGCGUGACCUAGAACUGGCACGUCGGCAGGGCUUCUUCUUUGGUGCCAAGCUGGUGCGUGGUGCCUACCUGGAGCAGGAGCGGCUGAGGGCACGCACCCUCGGCUACGAGGACCCCGUGAAUGCCACGUACGAGGACACCAAUGCCAUGUACUACCGCACCCUCACCGAGUGCCUGCGACAGGUGGUGGAGGGCAAAGAGCGGCGCUCCAUCGCAAUCAUGGUGGCCUCGCACAACGAAGACACCAUCCGCUUCGCUGUCAACAAGAUGCAGGAGCUAGGCAUCCGGCCUGACGAUAGAGUUGUCUGCUUUGGCCAGCUGUUGGGAAUGUGUGACCAGGUCAGCUUCCCUCUGGGCCAGGCUGGGUACUCGGUGUACAAGUAUGUCCCAUAUGGCCCCAUCGAUGAGGUCAUGCCAUACCUGUCACGGCGUGCCAUCGAGAACAACAGCCUGCUGCAGAAGCUCUCCAAGGAGCUGGGUCUACUGAGGCACGAGAUCACACGACGCCUGCUCUCGGGACAGAUCUGGUACACACCUCACGGCCACUACAAGCCCGUCUGACCUG